AUGAUGAGAGGAAGAUUCCUCAAUUUCUUUCUCAAUCCAACACCAAAAAAAUGGUCUCUUCUUUCUCUUACUCACCACAAAUCUCAACCUCACCAAGUAAUCUCUGUUGAAGCAAAUUCAAAGAAUCUUUCACCUCAUCAUGAUGGACAAAAAAUCUUCACACCAAGUUUCAACUUCAAAUAUGGAAUCAACACCUUGCAUACUAGUUCAGUUGUGGAACAAUCUGAAAAAGAAGAGGUUGAAGAUUGCAUGUGGAAGAAGAUGAAAGAAGAAGCUAAAGUUGAUGUCACUGUUGAACCUAUUUUGUCGGGUUACUAUCAUGUUUCAAUUCUGUCUCAUAAAUCGUUGGAAAGUGCUUUGGCUAAUUACUUAGCUGUUAAAUUAAGCAGUGUAAGUCUUCCUAGUACAACUCUUUCUGAUUUAUUUGUCGGGGUUUUGGAAUCUGAUAAAGAAAUUAUGGAUGCUGUUAAGAAUGAUAUGAAAGCAGUUAAGGAAAGAGAUCCUGCUUGUAUAACUCAUGUCCAUUGUUUCUUGAAUUUCAAAGGCUUUUUAGCAUGUCAAGCUCAUAGAAUAGCUCAUAGUUUAUGGUCAAAUGGAAGGAAGGUUUUGGCUGUUAUAAUUCAGAAUCGAGUUUGUGAAGUUUUCGGAGUUGAUAUUCAUCCGGGAGCUAAGUUCGGGAGUGGAAUAUUGUUUGAUCACGCGACGGGGAUUGUGGUGGGAGAAACAGCUGUGAUUGGAAAUGAUGUGUCCAUUUUGCAUAGCGUGACGUUGGGAGGAACCGGUAAGGCUCAUGGCGAUAGGCAUCCGAAGAUUGGUGAUGGAGUGUUGAUUGGUGCUGGAACUUGUAUUUUGGGGAACAUUAAAGUUGGUGAAGGUGCAAAAAUUGGGGCUGGUUCUGUUGUGAUUAAGGAUGUGCCUCCGAGGACUACUGUCGUUGGGAAUCCGGCGAAAUUGGUUGGAGGGAAGAACAAUCCUAUUAAACUUGAUAAGAUUCCUAGCCAUACUAUGGAUCAUGUUUCAAAUAUUGCUGAGUUUUAUGAUUAUGUUGUUUAG